AUGUCACCUGGCUAUCAAUCUUGUGAUAUUGACUAUUUCAAUGUCUCUUACAUCACUCUCACUGGUUUACCAAUUGAAGGGAGCGCUGGAUUUCAUGAUAUGGUAACAGGAAUAACACCUUCCCUGAUCCAGAGUCUAGGAGAUGCUGCCUCUCUUGAGGAUGCUGUGGGAACAAGUAACAUCCAUUCUGCAGAAUUGUAUGAAAAGCCAUGGAUGAAUUCAGAUGAAAUAUGUUUCCAGCUUCUUCAAGCCACCAUAUACAUGCGACAAAGGUCUUUCCUCCCAAUAUUUUUGCGUAGAGUAGCAGAGAUGUUUGAAAUCAUUGUUUUCAUAGCCAAUCAAAGCAUUUAUGAUGAACAAUUACUUGAUAAGAUGGAAGGUGUUGGAUACACCAAUAUUGCAGUCUAUAGAAGCGUUGAAGAAGACAUCACUUGA